AUGGCAGCAGUUCCAGUUGAAGAAGCCAUUGCAGCUUUAUCGACAUUCUCCCUAGAGGAUGAGCAACCAGAAAUACAAGGCCCAGCAGUUUUGGUGUCAACUGAAAGGGGAUCGACUAUCAGUCCAAUUGAAUAUAGCGAUGUUUCUGCUUAUCGUUUGUCUCUUUCAGAGGACACAAAAGCUCUCAAUCAGCUUAACACGCUUAUCCAGGAAGGGAAGGAGAUGGCAUCGGUGCUUUAUACAUAUCGCAGUUGCGUCAAAGCACUUCCUCAGCUCCCUGAUUCUAUGAAGCAUAAUCAAGCUGACUUAUAUCUAGAAACAUAUCAAGUUCUGGACUUGGAGAUGAGUCGGUUGCGUGAAAUACAACGAUGGCAAGCAUCAGCUGCGACUAAACUUGCUGCUGAUAUGCAACGGUUUUCCAGGCCUGAGCGACGGAUUAAUGGCCCUACAAUAACUCAUCUCUGGUCCAUGUUAAAGUUACUCGACGUCUUAGUGCAACUUGAUCAUCUCAAAAAUGCUAAAGCAAGCAUACCUAAUGAUUUCUCUUGGUACAAGAGGACAUUCACACAAGUCAGCGUUCAGUGGCCAGAUACAGAUUCUAUGAGGGAAGAAUUGGAUGAUUUACAGAUUUUUUUAAGCACGAGGUGGGCUAUUUUAUUGAACUUGCACGUGGAGAUGUUCCGUGUGAACAAUGUAGAGGAUAUCCUUCAGGUUCUUAUAGUCUUUGCUGUUGAGUCUUUGGAACUGGAUUUUGCCCUUCUGUUCCCUGAGCGACACAUGCUUCUCCGAGUGUUGCCUGUUCUUGUUGUUAUGGCAACGACAUCCGAGAAAGAUAGCGAGUCACUAUACAAGAGGGUGAAAAUCAAUAGACUGAUCAAUAUAUUUAAGAAUGAUCCAGUAAUUCCUGCAUUCCCAGAUCUUCAUCUUUCUCCAGCUUCAAUUUUGAAAGAAUUGUCCAUGUACUUCCAAAAGUUUUCCAGCCAAACUCGUCUUCUCACUCUUCCGUCACCUCAUGAACUCCCACCCAGAGAAUCACAAGAUUAUCAGAGACAUUAUUUGAUAGUCAAUCACAUCGGAACCAUCCGUGCUGAGCAUGAUGAUUUUGCUAUCCGUUUUGCCUCAGCUAUGAAUCAGCUUUUUCUGUUGAAAUCAACUGAUGGUGCAGAUGUUGAGUGGUGUAAAGAAGUUAAAGGCAACAUGUAUGAUAUGGUUGUUGAAGGUUUCCAGCUAUUGAGUAGAUGGACUGCACGUGUUUGGGAACAAUGUGCUUGGAAAUUUUCUCGCCCAUGCAAGGAUGUUGGUUCUUCAGAAUCAUUAGAGUUAUCACCAUCUUAUUCUGAUUAUGAGAAGGUUGUACGAUAUAAUUAUGGCGCGGAGGAAAGGAAAGCACUUGUUGAACUUGUUAGCUACAUAAAGAGUGUUGGAUCAAUGAUGCAGCGGUCUGAUACUUCGAUAACUGAUGCUUUGUGGGAAACAAUACAUGCAGAGGUCCAAGAUUUUGUUCAAAAUACAUUAGCUACCAUGUUGCGAACUACGUUUAGAAAGAAAAAAGAUCUCUCAAGGAUUCUUUCUGAUAUGCGGACCCUUUCAGCAGACUGGAUGGCAAACACAAGCAAACCUGAAUCUGAAUUUCAGUCUUCACAACAUGGAGGCGAUGAGAGUAGAGGGAGCUUCUUUUAUCCCAGGCCUGUGGCACCCACAGCAGCCCAGGUUCAUUGCUUGCAGUUUCUGAUAUAUGAGGUCGUGUCUGGUGGUAAUCUCAGGAAACCAGGGGGCCUUUUUGGUAACAGUGGGUCUGAGAUUCCUGCUAAUGACUUAAAGCAGUUGGAAACAUUCUUUUACAAGCUAAGCUUCUUCUUGCACAUAUUGGAUUACUCAGCAACUAUUGCAACUUUGACAGAUCUUGGUUUCUUAUGGUUUAGAGAAUUUUACUUGGAGUCUUCUCGUGUCAUUCAGUUUCCAAUAGAGUGCUCCCUUCCUUGGAUGCUAGUGGAUCACGUGCUCGAGUCUCAAAGUGCUGGUCUUCUUGAAAGUGUGUUGAUGCCAUUUGACAUUUAUAACGAUUCAGCACAGCAUGCACUGGUUGUGCUAAAGCAGCGCUUCCUCUACGAUGAAAUUGAGGCUGAGGUGGACCAUUGUUUUGAUAUAUUUGUUUCAAAAUUAUGUGAAACUAUUUUCACAUAUUACAAGAGCUGGUCUUCUAGUGAACUGCUUGAUCCUUCAUUCCUCUUUGCCUUGGACAAUGGAGAAAAGUAUUCUAUACAACCUAUGCGGUUUACUUCACUUCUAAAGAUGACUAGAGUGAAGUUACUUGGGAGGACAAUUAAUUUAAGAAGUCUGAUUGCUGAACGGAUGAAUAAAGUCUUCAGAGAAAAUCUUGAGUUUCUCUUUGAUCGUUUUGAGUCUCAAGAUCUAUGUGCCAUAGUGGAAUUAGAAAAGCUGGUAGAUAUACUGAAGCAUUCCCAUGAAUUACUUUCAAAAGAUCUUUCAAUAGACUCAUUCAGUCUCAUGCUAAAUGAGAUACAGGAGAACAUAUCUCUUGUGUCAUUUUCUAGUCGACUAGCUUCUCAGAUUUGGUCUGAGAUGCAAAAUGAUUUUCUGCCAAACUUUGUCCUUUGCAAUACUACUCAGCGUUUUAUCCGAUCUUCCAAAGUUCCUCUUGCUCCUGUACAAAAGCCAUCAGUUCCACAUGCCAAGCCAAACUUCUAUUGUGGUACUCAAGAUUUAAAUUCUGCACAUCAAAGUUUUGCGCGAUUGCAUAGUGGAUUUUUUGGGAUUCCACACAUGAUUUCUGUUGUUAAACUUCUAGGAUCUAGGUCAUUACCGUGGCUUAUCCGAGCACUGCUGGAUCAUAUAUCAAACAAGAUUGCUACACUUGAGCCUAUGAUCACAGGCUUGCAAGAAGCACUGCCGAAAUCAAUUGGACUUCUUCCUUUUGAUGGGGGUGUGACAGGAUGUAUGAGGCUAGUUAAAGAGAAACUCAGCUGGGAAACAAAACCAGAGCUCAAAGCAGAAGUUCUUCGCGGAAUAAAGGAGAUUGGAAGUGUAUUAUAUUGGAUGGGGCUCCUUGAUAUUGUUUUGAGAGAGUUGGAUACCACACAUUUCAUGCAAACAGCAGCUUGGUUGGGCUUGCUUCCUGGUGCAGAUGGGCAAACAUUGUAUUCACAAAAUGGUGGAGACAGCCCUGUUGUCAACCUCUUCAAAUCUGCUACAGCUGCAAUUGUGUCAAACCCUAGGUGCCCAAAUCCAACCUCCUUUUACACAAUGUCAAAACAGGCAGAAGCUGCAGAUCUUUUGUACAAGGCUAACUUAAAUACGGGAAGUGUGUUAGAAUACGCACUUGCAUUUACAAGUGCAGCAUUAGAUAAAUAUUGCAGUAAAUGGAGUGCUGCUCCAAAGACUGGGUUCAUUGACAUCACAACUUCAAAGGAUUUCUAUCGUAUAUACAGUGGCCUCCAAAUUGGAUAUCUGGAGCAGUCUGUUCAAUUACAGCCCAACAAUCAUGAUAUGCUGGGCGAUUCAGUUGCUUGGGGUGGCUGUACCAUAAUAUACUUGCUUGGGCAACAGCUGCAUUUCGAGCUAUUUGAUUUUUCAUAUCAAAUCCUAAACAUUGCCGAAGUUGAAGCUGCAUCAAUGACACAAACACAUAGAAGUCCCCAUUCUGGCCAGGGAUGGGAUACCAUGCUAGAAGCAAUGAAGAAAGCAAGGAGGUUGAACAAUCACGUUUUUUCGAUGCUGAAAGCACGUUGCCCUCUCGAAGACAAAACAGCUUGUGCUAUCAAGCAAAGUGGUGCCCCUCUACCUCGGAUUAAGUUUGAGAAUACUGUUUCUGCAUUCGAAACACUGCCGCAGAGAGGUACCUGAGCGAGUGCAUCCGUGUUCUCGUCGCGUAAUACACUUUGGAAAGACCAAAAAUUAUAUAUAGACAUCGCGUGAAGAUAGAUAAUGAAUGAUGGAUGAGGCUCAAAUGAUUCGUUGGUGGCAAUGGUGUCAUGCCAUUGUCUCUUAUGUUCUCGCCAGGGACCUUGUUUUUGUAUACUUUGCUCUUUUAGGUCUUCAUGAACCCUACUAAGAUUUGCAAUAUAUGUGCGAAUAGUCGAGUGCAAAUGUUUUAACAA